ACUCAUCAUUUCCAAGAAGUCGAAAAAUAUUAAAAGAUCAUCGCCUUCUCACUGGGAUCCUGGCUGUAAUACUCUGUGUCAUGUGGAUACUGCUGAGUGGUGUGGGAUCUUUAUUAGAGUCAUCAAAGAACAGCCUCUUCUUAGAUGUAAAGCGCUGCGCCAUUGUGAAUUUGCUAGAACUGCCGAUAUGUUUCACCAUAUGUGCCAACUGGCUGGAAUAUGUGCUCAAUCAGAUUGUGGAAUUUCACAUACAGUUGACGAAAUUUAUAUCUGAAGGAAGGUCAUUUAAUUUGGAAAGUCAUUCGCGUCUAUUUUACUUGCAAAAAAUGAUAGCGAUUGGAAUAAGUUUUAAAGCACGGCUGUUUUCAAUCCUACCUUCACGCUUUCACUUUGAAAGGUCACAUGAUAAACUGCAGUGUGACAAUUGUUCUGGUUGUACGUGCGCGAAGGAAGGAUUUGAAAUAAAGAACCAAUCUUUUUUCCUAACCUCGGGCACUAAACAGACUACGCACGGAGAUCCAUCAGAUAUACAAGACAACGAUGAAGAGUUGUAUCAAUAUAUUGUACGUCACGCAUCUCAAUGGACGUCACAAGCUAUAGAGUUAUGUAAUUCUUCAUUAUCGAAAACAUUUGAAGUAAAAUGCACGUCGAUUAGAACUAAACGACUGCCAAAUAAAAGAGCUUUUGUCAAGUGGAUUGGAACAACACGAGAACUCUGCAAAUUGCAAACAAAACACUAUAUGAAUUUUAAUAGUAAUGAUAAACGUGGAUCCAAUAAGAUCAUCAGACGGACUAAAGGCUUUCACAGAAAGUUAAUAUGGUUAAAAAUUAGCAAUAUUUCAACAAAAUGCAAAAUCUGUUAUAAUUUGAGACCAAAAUUUCGUAUACAAGAAUUAAGUGUACGUAGAGCCAGUCAAGAUAUAAAGUCAACUUUACGCGAUCUUGAUAACGUCACAGUGUUAAAAUCAACAACAACUGCAAACACGCGUGUCAAAACAAAACGUGCAGUGUUUUCGCAGACAUUUCUUAAUAAUGUGUUUACAAUUUUACGGUGUAUCUUUGCUUACGAUCGUCUCGUCUUUCCAAGAAUAACAGAUCUACAUUUAAACAUAUAUCUUUUUUGCAGGCUGGUAAAUGUUGUAUUCCUGCGUUUUGCGUGUUUGUGUCAAAUAUGUAUUGUCUUGUUUGUGAUGCAAUUAAUAAUUCGCCGGUUGUCACGACAUAUCCAAGCAAACCGCGUCAUAAAUGGCAGUGUAUGUGAUUUGGAUAUUCCCGGAAAGUUUUCUGUUGAGGCAUCGAGUCAACGUGCAAUUCAACCAUUGUAUGCAUGCAAGGAACAAGGCUCCUUUACCAAGUUAUCUUCUGCUUGUAAAUCACUAUCUCAAGAAGCCGGUAAAAAUGAUGCUGAUGAUAAGUUUAAAGAAAAACAUGGGAGUUUUAAGAAAGAUAUUCUUGCUAGGUUACGCAGAAAUGUCUGGUUACCAACAAUCGACUUCAUUCAUGGAUUCUCAACAUCAUUCUGGUUGUCUCCUGCAUUAAGCCCAGUGAUAAACAUCAUUAACCGACUUGCUGAAGGAAGAAGCGUGCAUCCAAAAGAGAGUAUGCGUCACGAACUUCUGCGCCUUUGUACAUUUAGAACUUACCCAACGCACGGGAAACCGUCGUGUCUAAGGCUUGCAAAGGCCGGUUUCUAUUACGCUAGUCAAGGUGAUGAGGUCAUCUGCUAUUGCUGCGCCAAACGCAUUAGUAACUGGAACGAAAGGGACAACCCUUUGCGCGCUCAUGGACUUGUGUCCCCUAGCUGCCCUUUCUUGGUACGCAAUUCAGAGGUCAAUGAACCUGUCACAAACGACAGAAACGAGAGUUCCAAUUCACGACUGAACCGAAUACUUCACUCACUAGAUGAUUUGGAUGACCAGCCGGAAAUAAGACGACCAGAUAACGGCCCUGAAGCUAGCGCGGAAGUUGCACCAUCGUCCACGACACCACGAUCUAACACUACAGAGCCUGCAAGUAAUCCACAAAAUGGUGCCUUUGGGUACGCGGACGACACUACCACGAGCCGAUCUACAAGCGAGUUGCCUGUUACUGCUAGUCAGACGGCUGGGGUAUCUCAGUUCACUAGUUUACCAGUCCAACGAGCAAGAAGUACCAUCCCUGCGGGCAGUUUUGCAUAUAGCAGUACGGCCGAGGCACCAGUAACUGUACCGAACGCUAGACGUGAAAAAGCGACACUCCCGCAGAAAGCAGAAUCAACAGUACAGGAGGCCUCAAACAGGCGCUCAGAUGAUAUACGAGAACAACUCCUUAGCGAAAACCGCGCCUUAAAAGCUCAGUCAAAAUGUCUGCGGUGUCGUAGAAACGACGUGUGUAUCGCGUUCCUGCCGUGCGGCCACCUGGUUUCCUGUGAGGCGUGCAGCACCGACCCUAGUUCCCGGAAGUGCUUCUCAUGCGACGCAGCCGUGAAGGCCAAGAUCAAGGCGUUUAUUGCUUGAUAUGUUCAAAUGUUUUUAACAUUAAGAGAAAAAGGUUUACAAAUCACGUACAAGCGUAUUUUGAACUCAAUACCAGUAAAAAAAAUCGCCAUUUUCUGAAAGUCCGAUGAAUUGCAAAUGCUUGAUUAGAUUUAUAUUUCUGUAAUGUAAUUAAAAACAGAAUUAUUGUAAAGCCAAGUUCAAUAUUUCAUUUCAACUUUCUAAUAAAUAAUUUAACGUUUGCUGGUCAAAUAUAUAAUAAUCUCUGACAAGUACACUUUUUAAUACAUGAGUCCGGUCGUUUAUCCAAAAAUUCCAACAAAUUGCCCACAUUUUAAAUUUCAAUAUCAUGUAUAGAUCACAGUCAACUGGUGCCAUGGUGCAGUAUCAACUGGGUUUUCGGGCGAUUACACGCGGGCUGGACAGAAUGUAAUCACACCGUGAAUAACUUUAAUUUUGUAAAUAUCUCAAGUUAUUGAAAUACAUUGGCAAAAAUCUUUACUGCAUAAAAGACAGUUUUUCGUGCAAUUUGUGCCGUGUAUAAGGUAUAAGAAUAAAUCAUUGAAUACGCCUGAAAUCGGUGACAAAAUUUCACGUUGCGUAAAGCAUAACCGUGUAGUAAAAAUCGAAUAUAAAAAAAAACACAGGCGUAUUAAACAAAUUAAUUCUGAUGUAUUUCACAUUGCCAUAAGCAUCAUUAAAAUCUGUCGUUUAUCAGUAGUUGAAAUUCUUUAAUACAAUUCUUAAAAAUUUUAUUAAAAGUUAUUUGAAAGUAAGCUCAACUUACCGUCGUCUUUACAUCAAUUAAAGUUAAAACGGGGAAUCCAACACAGUCACGUGAUCCUGCACCCUGGGUACUACACCUAUUAAUUUUAGAAUGUUUUACCGUUGGUUAAAUCAAAGUUGGUUUAUAUUCAUUUUUCGAGAGAGUGUUCUAAAUUACAUGUAUUUGUGCGCUAUCAUAUAGAUACUUUUCUCAUUGGUUGUACAGCUUAUACGUUUUAAAGGUCUUUUUAUUUACUUUUAACACGUUUACCGCUUUCACUUUGUUCCAUUCCCUUUUUGGAUGCCGCUAAAACUAAUGCACACUUAGUACCUUCCAAUAAUCGUACAUAAUUAAAAUAUUGUACCCGGAUAUAUUCUGCGUUUCAUAUAGAUUUGGUACUGAUUAUUAACGUUUACCACCUCGAACUGCCAGCUUACGACAUACUUAAAGCAACCCUAGCAAGUAAAGAAACAUUUAAAUCGUGUCUCUUGUCACUGUUUGAUGGUAGUCAUUACUCCUUUAUCUAUGUUUUUACGCUCAAAUCUGGCACGUUCACGGUAUGUAUCAUGGAAAAAGAAAUAGGACACGUAUUAAGUAUUUCAAAAUUAUUGUAUUUCAGUUGUAAUGAUAUACCAUUAUGUAUAUUUGUACAUGUAGAAAAUACGAACCAUAACACCGCGUGACAUCUGUUACGAAAUGAGAACAUUUUAAUUGGUGCGUAAUUUUAAAUGUUCAAAUUCCACUGUAGGUCAAUAUAAACACAUUGCUUUUAUACAUAAAUAAUGUCGUUUGGGAAGAAAACUUUUCAGCAAAAAAGCAGGCCUUCGAGACAAACUGGUUACUUUUCUAAGAAAAUAAAAUGUUGUUGCAAACAAUCAUGCAAAUGUAAAAAUGCUGUUCCAUUGGUUGUGAUUUUCAAGUCCAACUGUUUUACAUAUGGACUUAUUGUCAAUGAUGUUUGGAUUUGAAGUGACGCUGUGUUUUAUUCUCAAUUUUAUUUUAUGCUGUAUGAAAAUCCUUUGUUUAUUCAAUCGAAUUUGAAUGUACUUAAAGUUAUUGUUUUCAAUACAUUUGUCUUUCAUUUUCAAAGGUUUACUAUAAUGGUUGUGUUCUACAUAUGUUGCGGUAUAUACGUUUACGUAUUGUUUCUUUACUUUACAAUCUAUAUGUAUU